AUGGGUUGGAGGCGUAGUGCUGCAGCAGGAGGACAGCGCAGAGUGGGCUCCUGUCCUGCUCCUCUCUCGUCCCCCUCUGCGUAUCGGUGGCCUUCUGUGGAAGUUACCCAGGAGCUUCUGGGGUCAGAAGACGUGCCUGAAGAAAUGGGUAGUAUCAGUGAUUUUUUGGACCUUCCUACCUGCGAACUCGACAGCCUUCAAGAGCUUGCAGCCCUGGUGACCGCCGUUCGCAUCUCACCCGUCCCUAAGGAGUGGCUGGCGAUGAUCUUGAAGCAUGAGGGCUAUAUCCCAAAGCUGCUGCAGCUUUUCCAAGUCUGUGAGAGUGAGAAGAACAUCGAAGGCUUGCAUCUUCUGUUUGAAGUUGUGAGGGCGAUUUUGUACCUGGACAAAGCCUUUCUGUUUGAGGAGAUGCUUUCCGAAGAGCAUAUUAUGGAUGUUGUUGGAUGCCUGGAGUAUGAUCCUUGUUUGGAUCACCCAGUAAGGCACAGGGAAUUCUUGACCAAAAUAACAAAGCUUCACGAUGCUAUUCUGAUCAGAGACCCUGAACUUAGGAAAAAAAUCCGCCAGACGUUCGGGGCACAGUACAUUCAGGCCAUCAUCAUGCAUGACCCAUCAGAUUUUGAAGAAGGUUUUCUUUCUACCUUCAAUUCCUUCAUCAGCUCCAGCAGAAAGGAGAUUUUAUUUGGGCUGCUGAAAGAUGAGGAUUUUUUGCCUGGAAUUCUUGCACAAUUAAAAAAUGAAGCUACAGAUGGCGUGGAGCGACGUGAAAUGAUGAUGUUCUUCAAGCAAUUCUGCACCUCUUCUUUCAUGUUACCUGAGAAAAGAGAUGAAUUUAUUCAAACUUUGCAGAAGUUGGGAUUUCUUCCAAUUCUUGAAAAGUCAAUGGGAAUGGAUGAUCUGCAAAUUAGAUCUGCUGCUACAGAUAUGUUGUUUUAUCUGGUACUAUUUAGUCCAGACACAGUCCAAGAAUUUGUAAUGCAAGAGGCCAGGCAGAGUGAGAAUGACGGCCAACUCAUCACUAAGGUCAUUGAGCAGAUUAUCUGUAAUCCUGACCCUGAAUUUGGAGAAUGUACUCGCUUAAUGGAGAUUUUUUGUGCUCUGAUCGAUCCAGAGAAAAUGAUGGACGUAUUUAGUCAUUUAGAAGUAUUUGAAUUUGUCAAUACCUUCUACAACCGCUACAUUGACGUUCUUACUGCGCCGCUUAUGGAUGAUACAUCAGAAGAAUGGAAUGAAAUAGAUAAUUAUCGAACAGCAGAAAUACUUGCUUCAGUUUUGGAGCUGCUGUCUUUUUGUGUGGAACGGCACGAGUAUCACAUGAAGGCUUACGUUAUCAAGAAAGAUCUGCUAAGAAGAGCACUGGUCUUGAUGAAAUCCAAACACAAAUUUCUGGCCUUGUGUGCUCUUCGCUUCAUGAGGGGGAUAAUUGGCCUGAAGGAUGAACUUUAUAACAAUUAUAUCACCACGGGAAACCUGUUUGAGCCGGUUGUGAAUGCUGUGUUGGCCAACAAGAGUAGUUGCAACCUGCUGAGAUCUGCCUUGAUGGAGCUGUUUGAAUUCAUCCAAGAGGAGGAUAUUCAUUUCCUUAUUGAACAUAUAGUUGAGAACUUCUCUGAUGCACUGGAAUCUCUCAAAUGCCUUCCCACAUUCCAGGGACUGAAGACAAAAUACGAGCAAGAAAAAGAGCGGCAAAACAAGGAACUGGACAGCGUCCCCUCCGUAUUGCCUGCUGAGACACUUGACGAAGAAGCCAAAGACUCACAGGGGGAUGAAGAUCUGCAGCUCAGUAAAGGUGAAGAGAAGGCAGCUCCAGGGUCACCACCGAGCUCCAAUGGCUCCUCUCCAACAUCCACGACCCCGACCACAGUGAUGGAGUCCCCUGAGAGAGGUAUAUUUGAAAUAUUUGGUUAUCCUAAUGAUGAAGAUGGUGAGGCACCGCCGAAGAAAAGACUUCGCCUGGAUUCCUAAAGAAAACUGAAAUCUUUAAAUAGCACUUGCAUUAUGGGUUUUCCAGUGCUUUUAAUGUUAAAAUAUGGAACCAGCUGCAAUCCAUCACAUAGAUCUGUCUUGUAAUAUGAUAUAUGUUGUUAUAGAAUAGUAAUGUAAUGUAGUGGCAAAAUAUGGAUACGAUAUAGUAUAGUAUAAGUAAUAUAAUUAUAAUAAUAUUAUGGAAUAAAGUAGUAAUAUAUAGUAACAUAUGUUAAGUCUGUUUCUCCUGGAAUAGUUUAAUGUGAAGCCGUUUCUAUGUUUUGGAGAUUUAGUUAGUUUAAGGUAGUAGCUAGUUUUAAUUGUAGCCUUUGUUUGGAAAAAAAAAAAAAAAAUUGCUUUCUGAAUAGAUGUAUAAGGUAGUUUAUUCCAUCAAACAAGUUUAUUUUGUAUUAAAGAUCCUAAUGCUAUUGUUUUACACCAUUUGUAGGUAUGGGGCAAUAUUAAUGCUAAGCUGUAGAAUUUAGGAAUUAGAAUUGGACUCUGUAAUUUCUUAAGAUGUUAUUUGU